CCGGCGUCGCUCGCCCACAGGUGUGGACUCGGGUUAGUUCAGACCCUGGACCUGGGCAGGCUGGUAGUUGGGCGCCAUUCUCCGCCCGGCGCGGACUUAGGAGUUGGCCCGAGACGCCCGGGAGCCGCAGGCGGAGGGGUGUCCGCGGGGCGCCGAGCACCAGCAGAGUCCGGAGGAUGCGUGCCCUGCCAGCCUCGGACGCGUCCCAGAAUGAGCGGAGGCGGACCGGGGUCCCCGAGGCCCCCCGGGCGCGGGACGCGGCGGUGCCCGCACGCAGGAGCGCGGUGGAAAGGCUGGCGGCAGACCGUGCCAAGUACGUACGGGGCCCGCCCGGAGGCGGCCCGGGCCCUGCUCCCGAGGGAAGCAGUACCAGGACGAGCGAAGGGCCUGCGGGCGACCCUCGGCCCCCGGCCCGCGUCCCCGGUGCCGUGGCGCGCAGGGCCAUUGCGCGGAAGCCUCUGAGGCCUGACUCGCUGGUCAUCUACCGGCAGAAAUGCGACUUCGUCCGGGGACAGGGCGCCCACAGCUCCAUGGGGGGCCUGGUGAGGAAGCUCUUCCAGGGGCCGGGCAGGGACAAGACGCCGCUGCCUCCGGAGACGACCCGCGUGGGAGGGGAGGUCAGGGCCGGGCCCGAGGGGGCUGUCCAGCCCGAGCCCGGCUCCACGGCGGCCUCCGCGGCCCCCGGCGUUCCCUCGCCCCCGGCGUCCCCCGCGCCCUCUGGGACGCCCAGCAGAGUCCGGGCUGCGCCCCGGGGCAGGCGCGGGGGGCUGCAGCGCUCGCAGUCGGACCUCAGCUCCCGCUGCUCCGCGUCCUUGGCGGAAUUUGACACCUUCUUCCAGUUCUGCGGCCUGGAGCCCGAGGUGGUGGAGGCGCUCGGGAGGGAGAACUUCUCGGCGGGGUCGGACCGCGUCACCCUCAAGGUUCGAAGCGUGAGCGUCGCCACCUCAGACAGCGGCUUCUCCCGGCACAGCGGCGACGAAGAGGGGCUACAGGAGGAGGAGCUGAGCGAGCAGCUGCCCAGUACCACGUCGGUUGUCGACAGGAACGCCCGCAUCAUCAAGUGGCUGUACACCUGUAAGAAAGCCCGGGAGGCGCCCGGCCAGGGGCUGCAGGGCCCGGCGUGACAGCUCGCGCUCUGGGGAGACUUGGACCCCAGGAAGCAAGGCUUCCCGAUUGUGGGGGCUCCUUGAAGUAUGUCAUGGAUGACUGGGGACCCAGGUCCAUCCUCACUGCCACAGGAUUUGUUCAGUGCACCCAGGUGGCCACGUGAUUGCUGUUUUCUCAGGAGUAAAGCAUCCCAUUGAAGAAUCUUACUUAAUUCAGAAGCUUUGAAAUGCUAUGGAGAAGAAGGGAACCUGGAACUUGGAAAUCCGCUGAGCUGUAGCUGUGAAGACACAGCUGAAGCUCUGGGAAAUAUUUUCUUGCUUGAGGUAGACCUAUCCUUGCUUCCAGAGGGCAGCAGAGGAGGGGAAAACUGCUUGGAAAUAUUUUCAGGGGCAUCUUUUUGCCUUGCUUGUUGCCAAAGAGGUACCAUGGUGAAUUUUAAUGAUAUCUAAAUUGAUUUUAAAAAGAAAAAAAGGCAAAGAGUAUGAAAACCAAGCAUGAAUAUUGUAGUAUUUACUGCCUUCAAUCAGAUUGGACUGUUUGGCACCAAUUAAAUCAAAAUUCUGUGAUCAUGAGAAGGUACAUUCUUCUUAAACACUGUGGCUAACCAAGAGCAAACCCACACUCACAUACUUACACUUACACCUCCAUUUUAUGAGCAUCACGGCCACUUAAUCUGCAAAAAGCACUUUGAAAAUAAGUUGAGGACUACAAGGUCAUUUUAGUGAUGCCACUCCUAUUGGGUUACAGACAUGUGGACGUGCCAUUAAAAGAGAAGUUAGAGUUGAUACCACUAAAACCCCUGGUUUUGAUGGCUGGCAGGAGAAUUGAGAACUUCCUUUCCUCUCCUCACAUCCACAGCAACCUUCCUCCUUUGCACCAUGUAGAGCAUGCCUCCACGGGGCUCUGGUUCCCAACUGUCCAAAGCAGAGAGCCAUGGAUUACGUGGAACACACCAUGCCCAUAUGCCUAAUUCCCACCUUCAUGGAUCACACACAUCCCAGAUAUGGCACCAGCUUACCCUUCUCUGCAAGAGAUGUGUUUGAGACCAGGGGCAGGCUCUGGGCUGCUGGCAGACUCCAGAAUCAGAAUGCUGUCAGUAGGGAAUUACUGUGACCCUAACCCAUUCCUGACACCCAGGCUGCAUGUAUUUUAUAUUUAGAGGCUUUGGAGAUAAAUGUUAUAUCAAUGAUGACAACCCAAAGAAAAUUUGUAACCCAGUUGACUCUUUUGAAGCUUAUUGUGUUUUAACAAAAUCUGUCUCUUCAGGAACAAGUUAUGGAGAACAGUAUGGAGGGGAGAAAAAUGGGCUUCUCAAUGGUAGAACAUUUUAUAAACCAAUGCAUUUUGAUAUGUUCAUGUACUUGUUUAAUAUUGUGUUCUAAUUUUGUAACUUUUACUGUGAGAGUUUGUCUUAGAGCUACUUACUAUUUAUUUUUACCAUUAUUGGUCUCCAAAUAGUUUUCCUUAAUAUCAUAUGGUUUUAAUUUUUAUCGUACAGCUUUAAAUCAUUUUCUCCUUGGUAUUGUUUUUGUGUAUGUUGUUUCAUUCAAUAUUCAACUUCUGAGUGUAAGCAGAGUACUCACUACUCUAUAAAGUACUCAGUACUGUAGUGAUAUGUUUUCAUAUAAAUCCCACAUAUGCAUUUUUGGAGGCUCUCUUGGCCCAUGGAUGUAUCUUUCUCAUUGUAGACUAUUUAAAGACAACAGUUCCAUGCUUUAAGAAUUUUCUCUCAACUGUCCCUCUAAAAAGCCUGCUACUUUGCUGUUGAAUGGAGUGUGGUUUAAAAAGAUAAUGUCAAAGAUGAGAGGAGGUUUUUUUAAAAGGCUCUUUACAUAUGCUCAGCUCCCUUAUUUGCAGAUGUUUCAUUAAUUGUGCAUGUCAGUGCUUCAAGUAAAACUGUUCUGUGCCUGUCUUCUGUCAGAAUAGGAUGAACUGAAACCUCAAUCAUAUUUACCUUAGAUAAGAAUGGCGCAGACUCACCAGACUCACAUAAACAAAUUGGUUGUAUUUAAAAGCACCAAGAUCUUCCAGAAGCAUCUAUGCUUCUGUGGAGGUACUGGGAAGGAUUCAGCCCUGAGCUAAUUCAGAAGCAGAUCUCGGAGGUGGGAGUGGAGAAGAGGAACAGCGUGUCUCCAGGCUCCAACAGGGGCCAUUGAGGGUCUGUCUCUUCCAUUCAGGUUCAUGCCUUAGUGUCAGGUUCCAAGUGUGCGGGUGGAGGGGAGAAGUCCCUUCUUAACCCUGAAUUAUCCCGGUCUGCUGGAGACUUUGAGAAAAUCAAAUUUGAAACUCAGUCUGAAUGCACAGCUUGUAAUUGCUUCUCACAAGGAUAACAAUAAUUACUAAUGCAAAAUAGUUUCGUUUGUUCAUGAAAGAAUAACAUGUAAAAUAAUAUGAUUAAACACAAUGAAAACAAAUAAUUAUUGAUAAAGCAAGGAAAAUAGCUUGACAGUAUCCUUUUCACUAAUAUACGGGUAUAGAUUAACAAUGCCCCUGACUGAAAGGUACUUAUGUAACUGUAAAGUUUCCUCAUAUAUGGUUUUUAAACUACUGGUCACUGACACUGACAUAAAAAGAAGGCUUUAUUAAACAUUGCCCUUUUCAGUAGGUUCAAAGUUCAAUGCCAUGGUUACAGUUGGUGAUACCAUAAAACAUCAGGCCCAGGUGAUUGUUAUGGUGGUUUUUAAAGAUAUUUUUCUACACACUACCUGCAACUAGAGUGCAAUAUUAUGUAUUCUGUAUUAAAGAAAUAAAAUAUUUUUUAUCAUUUCUUA